UACAGUCAAUCUUUCAUUUCCAUUGAAAAUAUCUAGCAAGACAACUUUACCGCUUCCAUGCGGCAAAAUAGGCAAAUGGAAGAGUGACACGUGUGUCAUCAGCUUGUAAAUUGACAGAGGAAAAACACUAAAACAAUGUCUAAUUCAUUGUAUCCAGUAUUUAAUUACACCGAACAAGAUUUUCACGUAAAUGUUAGAAGUGAUGACACUUAUAUGUCAAAACUUGAUGAGCUGAUUAUUCAAAAGUGGAAUGAAGCAGAAAAAAAUAAUGUUCUUCGGUACAAACUCCAUAUUAAUAAAUGCCACAGAGUUGAGGGAAAAUACCGAUUUUUGGCUCAGUUGAAUCUCGACAGAGCUGAGAAUCGUCGUCAGCCCGAGGACAUAGAAUCAAUGAAAAUGGAGUUCAAUCCACAUCGUUUUAACUUCACGAAAAUAAGCAAUGAAGAAAUAUUCUUUGACAUUGGUAGUGGAGAUGGUAAUAACGUGGUAGCUGCCAAUGUCAGCCCCCUGGAAUUUGGCCACUGUUUAUUCCUCCCCCAAAGACUGGAGUGUCUUCCCCAAGUGGCUACUCAAUUCAGUUUGUUAAAAAUCAUAGAAUUAAUGUUGUUGAGUAACUCACCGUAUUUACGAGCAGUUUUCAAUAGCUUAUGUGCUCAUGCUUCUGUAAACCAUUUACACUGGCAUCUCUACUAUUUAAAACACGAGAUGCUACUGGAACAAGUUAAUCUCCAUCCACUCUCCAAUAAACUUUACACGAUUGACAAAAAAGACUAUCCAGCAGUGCCAUUUUGCCUUAAACUGUCAACAUUCAAUAACAAUCUAACCUAUUUUGCAAAUGUUGGGUUUAAAAUUCUAAAUUAUUUACAAACUCGUAAUAUUGCUCACAACGUUUACAUAACGAGGGCAAAGCAAUCACCACUGAGCACUGAAUGUGUUUAUGACGAUUUAAGGGUUUACAUUUGGCCCCGAAUAUGGAGUACGGGGGUUAAAGACACUCGAGGAUUUUUUCCAGCGUCUUCGGAAUUUUUCGGCCACUUGAAUAUACGAAAUGAAAAAUUCUAUGAUGAUUUGAAUGAAAGAAAAGUCGAGGAGAUACUGACAGACGCUGCAUCAAAUAUCUUCAAUGAAGUUGUGAAUGAUAUUAUUGAAUUAAUAAAUAAAGGACAUUAAGAGAACAA